CAAAAAUAAAACACAAAACAUUACACACUGUCUUCCCCUUUUUAUCCCCAACAAAAGCAUCCUUGUUUGUUCUUCUGUAAUACCGCUUCUAUUGUUCCCUCCUUUCACAAGGAAGGGCGUAGAAGAAUCCAACAUUACAGUUCUAUAACCGUAAAAGAAAACCUUUAAAUCUCAUCAUCAAUCAAACACAAAAAGAAGCUAAAUGGGUAUCAAGUUCCUGUUGAUCCUUUGCCUCUUGACCCUGGUUGUAGUCGCUGAAUCAGUCAAUGUCACGUGGUCCCUGACAAAAUCUUGUGUCAAUGGACAAGGUUGCAUUGGAGACGAUGAUGGGCUUGAGUCCUUGAUGGAUUCUGAGACUAACCGGCGGCAACUAGCCGCAAGGCGAAGGUACAUCAGUUACGGUGCACUCAAGAAGAACAAUGUGCCAUGUAGCCGUCGUGGCCGGUCUUACUACGAUUGCACGAAGAGGAAAAGGGCUAACCCUUACAGGCGUGGGUGCAGUAUCAUCACGCAUUGCUACAGGCUAACUUCUUAAUCUGAAUGAGCACAUACAAACAGUGUGAGUAACGAAGCGAGAGUGCAAAGAAUGCGUUAAAAAAAAAGAAAAAAAAAUCACAUGUUUCCUCUACGUACGAUUCUUAACUUUGUUUUUCUUGAUAUUUCCCGUUUUUCUCUCAGUGAUCUUUAAUCCUUUUAUUUAUGAUCAUGAUGCAUAUACGCGUUUAUCUGUUGGUA